AUGUAUCUUCCAGACCGGUUCAAGCAAGCGACGACGGAACUGGAAGACGGCACCAUCAUAGUCUUGCACCACGGCGGUGGGGGUGAGAAAGUGCAGAGAGAAGAACCGGUUAUCCAAGUCAAGCCCACGACGGCAGACGAUAAUCCAAACGAAGAACCACUUUCCAAUGACCAACGGCCCAGUCACGAGGACAAAGGCGAUCACGACACGGACGGCUCUAGUGUCCGGCAGCAACUGACCACUGAGACGAAAGGCGGAAGCAAGAGCAAGAGUAAAGCCAGCAAGAAUGGGAAGGGCUCGGAAUCCCCUCAACAACCAAUGAGCAGAGCGGAGCGGCGGAGACGCAUCAAAGAGGAGAUUAUGCGCUCGUCUCAAGGCCAAGAGCGCGGAUACUACCAGCGACGGCUGGGUUGA